UGUUCAUCGUUCAUCUUUUUAUAUUAACCCGACCCGACACACGUGAAACCUUUUCUGAUUUCGCCACUCUUCUCAGUUCCCAAUCAAACAAAACAGUACCAAAAAGCCCCUCAAUUCUCCCCUCUUUCUUCCCGAGCAUCUUCUUCCAUCCAUGGCUUUUCAAUCUAAACUCAUAUCUAUCUCUACUUCUUUUCUGAUUUUGAUCUCUACUAUAUUCUUCCAUUUCACCUUAUUAUCCUCAUCGUACAUGCUAGUUCAUCAUAUCAACAACAACAAUGAACAUAACUCUCACCAUCGACGCCCUAUCCUCCAAGCCAAUCAGUCUCAAUGUUCUCUCUUCAUGGGUUCAUGGGUUCACGACGAUUCCUAUCCGAUCUACCAGUCAUCUUCUUGCCCAGUUAUCGAUCCUGAUUUCAAUUGCCAAAUGUACGGUCGACCCGACUCCGAUUACCUCAAGUACCGCUGGAAACCGGCCAACUGUGAACUCCCCAGGUUCAACGGGCUCGAGUUUCUGGAAAAGAUGAAAGGGAAGACAGUAAUGUUCGUGGGGGACUCUCUGGGGAGGAACCAAUGGGAGUCGUUGAUUUGUCUGACGUGGUCAUCGGUGCCACGUGUCGCCACGCAAGUGAUCCGAGCAUAUCCGCUCUCAACGUUCAAGUUUUUGGAUUACGGUGUAACGUUGUCGUAUUACAAAGCACAGUAUCUUGUCGACAUUGAUUCUGUCGGAGGACGAAGGGUACUCAAGCUGCAGGACAUAUCGGAAAACGCCCAGGCAUGGCGGGACGUCGACGUAUUCGUGUUCAACACCGGUCACUGGUGGAGCCACACCGGCGCCACCCAAGGGUGGGACAUGAUGGAAUCCGGUGGGUCGCUUUACCAGGAUAUGGAUCGUAUGGUCGCCAUGGAAACCGCCGUAAGGACGUGGGCCCGAUGGGUUGAUUCGAAUAUCGACACCACUAAAACCAGAGUCUUUUUCCAAUCGUUCUCACCUACUCACUACGAUCCGUCUGAAUGGAAUGGAGGGUCGGGGGCGACAACCACCGCAAAGAGCUGCUAUGGGGAGACGGCUCCGGUGAGUGCUUCGGCCUUCUUGGGGGUGUACCCGAACGAGAUGAAGGUGGUGGACGCUGUGCUCCGGGAAAUGCAAACGCCGGUUUACAUGCUUGACAUCACGACUCUUUCAGCUAUGAGGAAAGAUGCUCAUCCAUCGAUUUACAGCGGGGAUACGAGCACGGGUCAAAAGGCUGACCCUAAUGGCACCCCUGAUUGUACACAUUGGUGUCUUCCUGGGUUACCGGAUACUUGGAACCAACUAUUCUACACGGCUUUGUUCUUUUAGGAUCGAUUAUCGAAGAUCGAUCCAUUUUUGGUUUUAUGAAAUUUAGAAGUUGCCUAAAGUUGAGAGAGAUCUUGAGAUAGGUUAUUUAUUGUGGUUUCACUUAACCAAAUGUACCAUUGAUGAACAAGUAUUUAUUAUUGUAACAGACGCCAAAUCUCACAGACACAGUAAAUUCAUUCCUUAACAGCCUUAUGGAGUUCACGGG